AUGGCGCAACUCGCGGAAGCGCACACUCUCCCCAGCGUCAAUGAUGGCCGUGACGACGUGGUGGGAAACGUUGAGCACAAAAGCCUAUUAUCCGCGACACACAAAGAUGCCUUUCCCGAGAAGGAAAGCAAGGCAGCCUCGAGUACCCUAUCCAGCCAGAAGUGCGACGGACGAGCGACUGUGUCUGUGCUGAAAUACAUUCAGCUCUGGUGGCUGGAAAUCUUCAGCUGCCUCGCCAGCGUGUUUGCGGUCAUUGCCAUUUUUGUUACCGCUAAUGCCUACGACAACAAGCCCAACCCUCACUGGCCUCAAGGUCUCUCUAUCAAUACGCUGAUAUCCAUAUACGUUGUGAUCCUCAAGGCUGCGCUCCUCACCAUCCUGACCACAGGUCUGAAUCACCUCAAAUGGAGCUGGUUCAGCAAAAUAAGACCUCUCAAUGACCUUGCCACCUAUGAUGGCGCCUCAAGAGGUCCACAUGGCGCGCUGUGGCUCUUAGUCACGGUACAUGGUCGGGAUGUUUUACCAACCAUAGCGGCCUUCGUCACCAUCGCAGCCGUCGUGCUUGAUCCCAUUGCACAGGAGCUUAUUCAGUACUACAGCUGCUCCAGAGCCCAACCAGCCGUUGGUCAAUCAACAACUUCUCUGAGCGCGAGCGUGCAAAGAACCGCUUCGUACUCCGAGGCAGUAGAGGACGAUAUUUCUUAUGGCCUGAAAAUGGCCAUCAACGCUGGCCUAUACAGUCAGGGCUCGACCGUCAAUUUUCAGUGUUCCUCAGGUUAUUGCACAUUCCCAGAAGAGUUCUACACGAUCGGCUAUACGCACAGUUGCGAAGACAUCACCACCGAACUACGUUGCACUUCAACCCAGCGGCAGCAGAACAUCUCUAUUCUGGCUACGGAUCCCCAGACUCAAUUGCCCUACGAUAGCUGGGAGAUGAUCAACGUCACCGACUUCCAGAUGGGCCUGCCUUCUGGCAUGAAGGCAAAGUACUCGUACAGCAACAGUGAGGCUUACUAUCAAGACCAAUGGGUCAUGGCAUACAACAGUGACGUCGCUGCCGUGGACCUCCUCAUGCUCAAUGUCGAAUACGUCGUCGAGCCCCCCAGCUGUAAUGAGAGCACGACGGGCAACUGGACGAGCAGAGGCUUCGGUGCCGCCAGAUGCACGCUCAAGCCGGCCGUCCUGGCCGUGAGCGCCUCUGUCCAGGACGGCAGACUGCACGAAACAGUCGCUUUGGCAACCGAUAGCUUCGGCGAGGUGCCCGCAACUGGGCCUGUCAGUUGCCCGGCGACUAGCACCAUCCACCUGCCUUGUCUGACACCGGCGCAGAUGGAGAAUCUAACCCAAGCCGGCUACGACGUCCCAGCCGGUGCUGAAUGGUUCCCAAUCCACGACUCCUGGAUCUGUGAACGCUAUCGUGUUUACACACCCGGUAAAACUACCAUUGUGCCCCAAAAGUGUAUGUACACGUACGGCUACUCGCUGGACAGCUUCUUCAGCACCUUCUUCACCCCCGGCUCUGUGAGCUGGCACACGGACGACACCGACACCAUGGUUCGCAAUACCUCGACCGUCUCCGAGGUGUUCUACAAUUCUGGCAGGGCGACCUUUCAUUCUGUCGACGGCAUCUUCGCCAACAUUUCGAAAAGCAUGACGACGUAUAUCCGCGGCCAUGGUGACGACGGUUACUCCACACUAGCGUCGGGCAACGUCGUCACCACCCUCACGUGUAUCCGGGUGCGCUGGGGUCUGAUUGCAUAUCCGGCUGCGUUGGCGGCUGUCACAAUUGCUUUCUUUGUAGCGUUGGCGGUUCAGGACCGAAUGCCCAGCAGGAACGUCCCGGGUCUGGAUCACGAUCUGAAAGGAAAUCCGCUGGCCUUGCUGUUUUAUGGAUUCGAUGACAGGACGGCGAGCAGAGUGGAGGCCCUCUCGGGCAGGGCUGGCACGAUCAAGCUUGUGAAGGAAGUUGAGAAUAUGCCCGUGAGCGUGAGAUUGACGGACCGGGGCUGGAGGUUCGUUAGUGAAGAGGACAAGGGCGUGGCGUGA